AUGUCUACGCCGGAGGAGAAGGCCACAGAGCUCAAGAACCAGGGCAACAAGGCCUUUGCUUCUCACGAUUGGCCGACUGCCAUUGAGUUCUACACCAAGGCCAUUGAGCUGAACGAUAAGGAGCCGACCUUCUUCACGAACCGCGCCCAGGCGAACAUCAAGUCGGAAGCGUAUGGCUAUGCCAUUGCGGAUUGCACGAAGGCGAUCGAGCUGAACCCCAAGUUUGUCAAGGCAUACUUCCGUCGAGGCCUUGCCCACACUGCCAUUCUCAGACCCAAGGAUGCGCUCGUCGACUUCAAAGAAUGCAUUCGACUCGACCCUAACAACAAAGAUGCCAAGCUGAAGCUUGAUGAGUGCAGAAAGAUUGUGCGCAAGCUAGAUUUCUUUGCUGCCAUCGAGGUCGGCGAUGAGCCUUCAGCUGCAGAGGGUCUCGACAUCGAUGCUAUCAACGUCGAGGAGGAUUACGAUGGUGUUAGAUUGGGAAGCGAGAUGACACAAGAGUUCAUUGACGACAUGACGGAAAGAUUCAAGAUCGGCAAGAAGAUCCACAGGAAAUACGUCUACCAGAUUAUUCUGGCCGUCAAGAAGCUUGUGUACGACGAGCCCACGAUGGUGGAGAUGAAGAUCCCGGACGAUGUCCAGCUCACUGUUUGCGGUGACACACACGGCCAGUACUUCGAUCUAAUGGAGCUGUUCCGCUUGAACGGAACCCCGAGCGACAAGCACUACUACUUGUUUAACGGCGAUUUUGUCGACCGUGGAUCAUGGUCUACCGAAAUCGCUCUGCUUCUGUACGCCUACAAGUGGCUGAGGCCUCAGGGCUUCUUCUUGAACCGCGGUAACCACGAGACGGACGACAUGAACCGCGUAUACGGCUUUGAGGGCGAAUGCAAGGCCAAGUACAACGAGAGAAUCUUCAAGUUGUUCUCCGAGAGUUUCUCGGCUCUGCCCCUGGCCACUUUAAUCGGAACCAAGUACCUCGUCCUGCACGGUGGCUUGUUCUCGGACGACAAGGUUACUUUGGAUGACAUCCGCAAGCUCGACAGGCACGCCCAGCGCCAGCCCGGUCAGUCUGGUCUCAUGAUGGAGAUGUUGUGGACGGAUCCCCAGGACGAGCCUGGCCGCGGCCCGAGCAAGCGUGGUGUUGGCAUGCAAUUCGGACCCGAUGUCACCAAGCAGUUCUGCGAGAACAACGGACUUGAGGCUGUCAUCCGCAGUCACGAGGUUCGCAUGGACGGUUACGAAGUGCAGCACGAUGGUCGUUGCAUCACUGUCUUCUCUGCCCCCAAGUACUGCGACUCCACCGAAAACAGGGGAGCCUACAUCAACAUUGGCCCCGACUACAAACUGCAGUUCAACCAGUUCGAUGCCGUUCCUCACCCGGAUAUCAAGCCUAUGGCCUACGCCCAAAGCUCUCUCAUGUCGUCUCUGAUGUAG